GACACGGAGCUGCAGGAGGCAGCCGCGACCACUACCCCCGUGCUGCUGUAUCCUGUGAGCACUGACCGCUUCUUCACCACAUCAGCAGAUGGGAAAACUUACCUGAAGAUAGCCCCAGACUUACAAAAAUACUGGAGAGAUGCAGGGUGAUCGACAAUGACUCCAGGGCAACAGGCCAAAGACAUGACGGAAUCACAGGAGCUGGUGAACAUCUCUGUUUGUGAGUCUGCCAACAACAACAACAACACAAAUCUGACCACGUUGUCUGUGGCAGGACACCCAUCAGCUGCUCCUCAACAAAUGACAUGACCGCUUCGGAGCUCACUCCACAACACAACCAGGGACGGGUUUGGUGGACAGGUGACACCAGGGCACAAACAGGGCACUAUAGGCAAGGUGUACAUUAAGUGCCCUUAAAAAACCAACAUGAAAACAUCAUCACGAUGGUGAAGUACAGGGUGAAGGGCAACAUCGUGAUUUCUAGCUGCUUUGCUGCCUCUGGGCCUGGACAGCUCUACGUCGUCAAGGUGAAAAUACAUUCCCGAGAUCAUUGAGGUGUCUCUCCCAGGAUCUAAAGUCAGGUCGGGCUGUCCGCCAGCCGGAGCUCAGUAGAAGCCGGAUGAUGCAGCACGACAACGUUGCUGAACAUCAAUGUAAAUCUGCAGCAGACUUACUUUGCACAGAGAUGAUGAUAACCCUUUUGGAGGGGCUCAGUCGGAGCCAAGACCUCGAACCAAUAGAGACGCGGAGCGGAGCGAGACGUCGACACCAGAUGUCACAUCAGGUCUGAGCUGCAGCUGCCGGAGGAGCUUGUUGGAGCAUCAGUGAUGUCACCUGCACCUUCAGAAAAGAUGCUUCCCUCCGGCUCAGAUUUCUCCUCCAAAGCCGUCUUGUGUCUGAUCGAGGCCGUCGGGCGCCGCUGGGGCCUGUAUGAGACUCGGGAACGCUCGCAACUCUUCCAGAGCGUCCAGGAGGAGAUGGCCUCAAAGGGCCACGUGCUUCCUGUGGAAAAGAUCCGCCGCAAGUGGAACAACCUUAUCGUCACGUACAAGAGGGUGAAAGACCGCAGCCGCGAGACGGGACACGCGAAAACUUCCUGGGAGUUCUUUGACUUGAUGGACGCCACGCUCUGUGACACCGUUGGCACUCAGAUCGUCAACAACAAAAGAAACAAAGGUGGCAGCACCGCCUCCACGCUGCCCUGUCCUUUGGCCAAAAUCGCAGCAAAACCACAGCUUCCACAGCCCACCACCCUCGUCCGCCCUAAUGGUGACUUUGCUCUGCGGGGUGCUUUGGAGUCAGCAGGUCAAGGAGCCAGUAGCACAGCUGCCAUGACCUCAGUGGCUCCAGCGACCAUUAACCCAACAAACGCUCCAGAGGUCAAGCCCCUGAUCGUCCUUAACGGUGACAUUGUUUCGACCAGUAUUCAUCCCGCCACCAUUGUGCCAUCUCCAUCUUUCAUCUCCUCACCUUGUUUGACAGAAACGGCCUCGACCUCUCCUUCCCUCGGCUCAUCCGGUGGCACAGACCUCAACACAUCGCGCUUCGCGGGCCGCACAGCCCCGUCCUUCUCAUCAGGUGUCAUACCUUUUCGUCUUAGCACGGCGCCAGUUGGCAACAGUCCAAAUCUCCUCGGCCUCUCGUCCUCUUUCCCCCCAAUGUCCUCCUGUCUCACUUCUUCCGCUGCCACCUCGUUACCUGCAACAAACAUGACAGGGGGCGAAGCGCAGGACCGGAGAGGAAACGAGGAGCAGAGCAGCGCAGCUUUGCUCCAGGAGAUCCUGAAGCGUCAGGAGGAGCAGGCCUACCUGGACCGAGUGGCUCGCCGCAGGGUCGAAGCCCGGGAGAAGAGGCGCGAGAGGAGGGAGGUGCGCAUGGCAGAGUCCCUCGGGAGGAUCGCCACCGCCCUGGAGCUGCUCUCCUCCAAACAGGACACGGUCAUUGCGCUCCUGCAGAGACUGGCCGAUCGCAAGUGAUGUCGGGCGAAAGGCUGGAAAACAGGAGCUUUUUUUUUUUUACUAUCCUCAGAUCACGCUCGUGAAAACGGCCUGAUAUUCAGGCAUAAUGGAAAUGAAGAUUUAAACAUUUGAACUCCUCACUUUUGUAAAUUACGACUAGGUGAAACUAUAUGUUAUUGUUACAUGUUUUCAAUUUGAAUACAUGCACUGCGUUAACAGCUAAUAAAAGCAUUCUCCUGAAA